AUGGCUAAAACCCUCUCAAAACUACUCUCCUUCACCUUCCUUUUUAUGUUUAAUCUCUUCUUCUUCUCAAUUACUCUUGCCUUUGCGAAAUCUGAUGGCUUCUCAAACAUUCUAUCUCCUGCAAAACUAGGCCUGCAGAAAGAAGAGAAACUCAGCCAUCUUCACUUCUACUUCCAUGACAUACUCAGCGGACGAAAUCCCACAGCUAUCCCAGUAGCCAGCGCAGCCAUGACAAACCAAUCACAAACUGGUUUCGGUGUUGUAAUGAUGGCCGAUGAUCCUUUGACGGUUGCACCCGAGCGGAACUCCAAGCUUGUGGGAAAAGCACAAGGAAUUUACGCUUCUGCAGCACAAGAUGAACUUGCUUUGUUAAUGGUAAUGAACUUUGCUUUCAUGGAAGGCAAGUAUAAUGGUAGUUCCCUUAGUCUUCUAGGGCGAAACACCGUCUUCUCAACGGUGAGAGAGAUGCCGAUUGUUGGUGGUAGCGGCCUUUUCCGGUUUGCCCGUGGCUAUGCUCAGGCAAAGACUCACACUAUUGACUUCAAAUCAGGGGAUGCUGUUGUUGAGUAUAACGUCUACGUCUUCCACUAUUAAUACGUUGCCUUUAGUUUUUGUGGCCCAUGCUCCUUAUUUCGUUCGAUCGUUUUGUUUUUUCUGUGUAACUUCAUCUUCUGGCUUAGCUUUGUAUG